AUGUCCCAAGAUCUUGGAACAAGGAGACUACUCCCACAGAGCUCACAAAUGCAAAACUUUUCAUUUGCGCCAACAAGUUAUGGCCCGAGAGAGAAUCAAAAGAAUUAUGUCUUCGUUGACGAACAUAAUCGCCACAAGCGUUUGAAGGUGAUGCGAGCUUGUGAGGGAUGUCGGAGAAGAAAAAUAAAGUGUGAUGCUGCAACGACGAAUACCUGGCCAUGCUCCGCUUGUACGAGGCUCAAGUUAGGAUGUGUUCCUCCAACGGUGAACUACGAUCGCGAUUUCCAGCAAAACAACCAAACCUUCGAAGCAGACGCGGGGCAAUAUGAUAAUGGGGGCAAUUCCGGCGACGGUUAUCAACAACAAGUUCCGAUACAACAGCAAAUGCCAGGGCCUUCGAAGGUGGUUCCUCCAAUUUACACGCAGCAACUUCCAUACCCUGAUCCGAAUACUAUGUACCAACCCAUUCCAUACGGAGGACCUUCGAGUGCUCAUAGCCAACAGACCAUGCACUAUAAUAGCAUUCAAACUCCAGUCAGCGCGCUCGGUCAACAUACAGAGUAUUCACCACAAGCGGUAUAUCCUUCGGCCUCUAUGCAACAGCAGACCCAUAGUUCACCAGAAAAUUAUAGCCAAAGUGAAUAUGGCGGGGAUAAUCUAGCCGAUUUACUGGGAGAGCUUAAGAUGAACCCGGCAGGCACAGCUCCAUACCUGAACAACAAGGACAGGACCAGGACUUUGGUUGAGGAACCGGCCUUUGAAGACAUCGAUGAAUACAAGAACGCUUUACCUCCACUUACGGUGAGCGCAGAUAUGAAGAUCAGAAUACCCCCGGAGCUUCUCCCAGACGAACAGACCAUCCUGCAUUAUUUUGAUAUGUAUUUCACCAACGUACAUCCUUACGUACCGGUCCUUAACAAACCCCUUUUCUACCACCAAUGGCAUACGAACCGAGAUGCGAUCUCACCUUUGAUACUUGAAGCAAUAUUUGCAAUCGCUGGAAGACUUGAUGAUGAACCAGCGCAGGGACAUCAGUGGCUCGCCCUUGCUUCCAAACAUGCCGAUGCUUUUAUGGAUGUACCUCGAUUGAGCACCCUUCAAGCAAACCUAAUAAUACUUAAAGCAAGAGAAUCUGCACCUAAACGUGGAUACUACUAUCGCUCAUGGAUGACUGUGGUGGCAUGCGUUCAAAUGGCGAAGGAUUUGGGUCUGGACGAGCACUAUGAAGACCAUAAGGCAGGUAGAACCUGUGGCUCUGAUCUUGCCGAUUGCAUUACCAAAACUCGGGUAUGGCAAACCAUCUUUGUUGUUGAAUUGAUGAUCGGUUCUCCACAAGGCCGAACGGAUCUCGCGGUUGAUAUGGAAACGCUUGACUUGAGUGUCCCGAGGGCUGGAAUCGACAGCGGGGAGCUCACUAUCACACGCAAUUUUACUUGGUUCACACGAGUUGUUCGUAAUGUCCGGAGAAUGAAUAACGUGUACGCCAGGGUCAAGAAGAGAAAGGAGUGGGGUAUCGAUCCAGACUUCGUUCAACUGAAUCCAUCCUUCGAGACUUGGAUGAACGAUCUACCCGAAACUUUGCAAAUCGAUUUUCCAACGGAUGGAUCUCCUCCAUGGCUGCCCACCCAUUUCAUUGGCAACCUUCACUCCUAUUAUUACCUGAGUAUCAUUAUGCUUCAUCGACCGCAACUCACUUUCAUGGAACCAGGCGCGGACGGAGGAUGGAAGCACCACAUGCUCAUCUGCUAUAAUUCUGCAAAACUUCUUUGCAGACUUCAGGAGGGUGUCUUACAAUCAUUUGGGUUGACUGGUCUAUUAUGCAUGCAACGAGGCAUUAAUUUCACCAUAUAUUGCGUACUGACCUGCACAGUUCUGCAUUUGGUUGCAAUUACGUCUCCGGAUCCAGAUCUCAACUCGGACGCCCGAGAAUACUUCACCAGACACAUGAGAAUCCUCGAAAGGUGUACCAGCUCAUGGCCCAUGCCAGAUAUGCAACAACAGAUUGAGUCACUCAGACAAGCAUUUUCAGCUGACAUUAGGAAGCCUUUCGUUUUGAAACCAUCUUUCCCAUAUGGUAGUCCAGGAGCACCGGCCAAUAUCAGCCCUGCCCGAGGAAACGCUCAACAAUAUCGUCAAGGAAGUACCUCUAUGGAGAUUCAAAAUUUGGGACUUCAAAAUGCCCAGCAGGAACAAGUCAGUUAUACAAGCCAUCCCAUAUCACCACCCAUAUCAGCUGGGAGCGUAGACACGAAAAGUGACUCUCCCGCCGUACAGUCUCUGGUAAUGAUGGCCACUGGUCAAAGAGCUCCCGUUCCAAUUGCUAGCGGGGUUCCAAUGGCAGAGCAUGCCUCAUGGAACCCGUCAAAAAUUUUUGACCAAUGGAACCACACUUUCGGUACGCCUCCCGCUUCGAGCAGCUCUGCUUCUGAAAAGACCCCUCCUCUAAAAACUCCCUCUUCAGGUGCACAAGAACUCCCGACCCUCCCCGAGAUGCAAAUUCUUCCCAAUGUGAGCUUACCGCCAGGCUUGCAGCAGCCCAUGCCUCCACAGCAGUAUUCUGGAGCUCCAAUCCCAUCUUUUGUGAGCCCGAGUAUGUGGCAAGAAUCGGUUGCGAAUGUAUAUGAAAGUGGGAUUAAGAGACAUUGGGAUUACUCUGAUCCAAAUGAGAUGGUGAAUCCGAUUGCGAAACGAAGAGGUUGA